UGUUGCCCAUGGUGAUGGUGAUGUGGAUGCUUGUUCAGGCUGAAGGUGAAGCCACCAGCCUGAAUUUCUGCCAGUUACCCUGUAAGAACAUAACCACUUCAUCAGGAGAGCCCAUCCAACUUAUCCCCAAACGGGUUUCCAAGACAAAUAGCAGUAGCCAUGGCAACCUCGAAAUAUUCGGGUCGUCAACGUUGAUGUUGAUUUGCAAAGUACCAAGUUGCCUAGCAUCGCCAUGUAAGAAUGAAGGUGUUUGUUCGGAGACGGACUAUAGCUAUGAGUGUGUGUGCCCUGAUGGUUUUUUCGGCAAUAGUUGUGAACGCCUACCGAGAACAUGCGCAGAACUGAAGGCACAUAACUCUACAGGGACUUAUCUCAUUGAUCCAGAUGGCCCGAAUGGAAACCUUUCUGAUCCAGUGGAAGUUGAAUGUCGAAAUGGUAACUUUUACACAGAUUGUCAUUCAAAAUAA